GCGCUGCUGCGACGGAGAUCUCUGCCUGGUGUACACUCUGGACUGAGUUAGCGUUAGGGUUUCGCCAAAGCCACAACCCCAGUAGCUCCAGCCUUAGCUGCAGAGAAUGAGCGUCGGGAUUUCAAUCCGAUAGGGAGCGCCGCUCGUGGGGGGAGGGGCAGGAGGAGGAGGAAGAGGGGGAGGUGAUUGAGAUUGCGGGGAAAGAUUAGGAGAACCGUGAGGAGGAGGAGGAGGAGGAGGAGUAGAACGUGGACGACGAGGUCGGAGAGGUCUGGCGGAGUGCGGGGCGGGUUGUGGUGAGCCAUGGCGGGCCAAGGAGGGCCUUUGCGUCCUCCGAACACCGCUGCACCAGAUAACCUCGCUGAUCAUCGCCAGAACAAGAUCUAUGAGUUGCCGAAGAAAUCUGAGCUGAAGGAGGGCACAGUUCUUGGCGAUUUUGGGAUUGUAUUUGGUUCAUUCAGUGAGAAUGAAGCAAAGUUAUUUCAAUCGGCGUCACCUCCUGUCAGGCAAGCGCUGCACAAGGGAAGAGAUUCGUUGCCAUCGUUUCAAUUUGGUGAUCUUACUGGACUUGGUGAAUUACAUACUUAUGAUACAUAUACCUUUGCACCUGAGGAACGAUCUGGGGAAAAUGGUGCGGCGGUACUUCCCAGUGUACAAGUGGGAUCGACAGAUGUCUCUAGGAGGACACCAGCAGAUGAGGCAGCUGUACAACGAAGGGAGAAGGGUCCAGAAGCUGAGGCAGGUACCUUCGAGAAUGAAGGAGAUACUAAACAACCUAGUAAGGAAGGUAGAGUUGAGCAGGCCCAGGCACAAGCUCUGGCUGAAAAUGACCAUCGCUCGAAUACGAAGCAAGCUCCAAAAUCAUGGGCAUCGUUGGUCGGUGUUCAACCAGUGCCUGGUGAUGCAGGCAGGAUCUCUGGGAGGGCUUCAGGGCAAGGAAAGCCUGUAGCAAGACUCGCUAGUAAGCUAACAACCGAAGCCGUACCCAAGCUGCAGCCAAGGGGAUUGAUCAAUACUGGCAACACGUGUUUCGCCAAUUCUACGCUGCAAGCAUUGUUAGCUUGUCCACCCUUUUUGAACCUGCUUGCUACCAUAAAGUCACGUACCCUUCCCCCGACAGGAUUUCCAGCCCUAAGGGCAUUCGCCAGUUUUGCUGGUCAAUUUCGCGUUGCAAGUGAACCUGAGCAGAAGGACCAGAAACUAGGUCCAGUAGAUGUUGGGAGACCCUUCGCUCCAGUGAUGUUUGAUGAUGUUCUCCGCAGUUUCAGCCCUGAUCAGCCUCCACGGGGGAGACCAAGGCAGGAAGACGCCCAAGAAUUCCUGAGUCAUGUAAUGGAUCGCCUGCAUGAGGAGCUGUUGUGGCUUGAGGGCAGAAGUAUAGUUGGGCAGAAUGCAGUGGUUGAUGAUGAGGAGUGGGAAAUAGUAGGCCCUAAAAACAAGAGUGCUUUGACCCGGACUCAUAUGACCAUAAAAUCUCCACUCAGUGACAUAUUUGGGGGCCAACUCUGCAGUGUUGUGAAGGCUAAAGGCAACAAAGCUUCAGCAACAGUACAACCUUUUUUAGUUUUGCAUCUUGAUAUUCUUUCUGAUGCUGUACAAAGUAUUGAGGAUGCUCUCAGGUUUUUUGCAGCACCUGAAUCUUUAGAAGGCUACAAAGCAGCAUCAAGCAAGGCUUCAGAAGUGGUCAGUGCAAGCAAGGCUAUUAAGAUUCAGUCAUUACCAUCAGUGCUGAUUGUUCAUUUAAUGCGAUUUAGUUAUGGAGCCUCUGGCAGUGGCAAGCUGAAUAAGGCUAUAAAAUAUUCCAAUUCCCUUACAAUAGGACGGGAACUUCUAGCAACUUCAACCGGUUCCGCUACUGAGGGACGGAAAUAUGAGCUGGUGGCAACUGUAACUCACCAUGGAAAUAACCCAUCUACUGGUCAUUACACAGCUGAUUGUAGACAGCCUGACGGACGCUGGUUAAGGUUUGACGAUGCAGUAGUAUCUGUAGUUCCUAUCAACCAGGUCCUACAGGAGCAUACAUAUGUUCUUUUCUACAAACGCGUGUCACAUUGAUCAAAGCAACUUCAUGUAAGUCCUCCUACAGGUUCAUCAAGUGUUGCAGGUCAUGGCAUCAUUCAUGUUCCUUGUGUGAUCGAACAUACCGUCACUUUUCUGCCCUGCAUCUUCCCACAACUUCCUCAAUAUUAUUGCAAUCUAAGAUUGUUUGUUAGGUCAAAGAAGUGGAAGUUGGUUCUGAAAGAACUAGUUUGUAUUUUCAGUGCAGGUGUUGAGUAGAGGUCCACUUAUCGGGUAGAAGUGUAGAUUUAGUAGUCGUGUUGUAUGAAUCAGAACGUUUGGUACUCGAGUUUUAGUAAAUGACAACAACGGUUCUGUCAAGUA